AUGUUUAAAGCCCUGAUGGGCGGGGGCCGGUCGGCGUCCACUUCCGACGUCCACAGCACCAGCUCCAAGAGCAGCCGGCGCAAGACCGAUUCCAAGUCCACAUCCAGCCGCAAAUCCACACGGGGUGACGACCGUGACCGCGGCCUGGGCGACUUGUCGGCCUACCCGUCGUCAGACUCGCGCAAGCGCGGCCCAUCCAGUGCCGCCGCCGAGUCUGUUGCUUCAGAUCUUCAGGAUGCCGAUCGCACCAUUAUCGAGCGAACCCCCAAGCGCAGAGAUAGCGACCGGGAUAGCAAAAGCUCGCGCCGCCGCGAACGCGACCGAUCCGAGAGUCGAGAACGCCAGAAGAUAAGCCGGCGGGGGACGGACGAUGACUUGGAUCGAGACCGCGACCGUCGCGAGCGCUGGCGCACCCAGUCGGGGGACCCCUAUAUGCCGUCGAGCAGCCCCGGCGCACAGUUUGCCGCCGACAUUGCGGCCCCGGGCUUUUCGCAAUUCCCCAUGCAGUACGAGAAUGCCUUCCCACCCGCCUCGGCUCCCCAAGAGCACGACGGAUCACCCGCGCCAUUCGAUCCCCAUGUCCACCAGCAGUUUCCUGGACAAUUUCCUGACACAGUCGCUGAACCGUACCACCCCAACCUGCCUGGCGCCGCGGCAGAAUACUAUGGUGACCAAGGGCAGUCGGUUUCAGAGCAGCCGGGUGUUCGCCCGAACCCUCCCUCUGUGCUUCCAAACACUCAAGCCCAUUUGAUGGCGGCCUCUCCUUCCGCCAACCCUCCGCCCGAACCUAGUAGCCAGGGUCAGGUCGGUGCGGCGGCGUCUUACUUUGCCGAUGACAUCGAGAUCUCCGAAACACAAGGGAAGCCUCCAUCGGCAUCGUCUUCCAAGCCACCAAAGCCUUCCAAGCCUUCCAAGCCCUCCAAGCCAUCGAAACCCAACAGGCCUUCCUCUUCGAGCGCAAUCUCUGCCGCCGCCGCCGGAGCUGCUACUUAUGGGGUGGGAAGUGGCCUUCUGUCCCAUGCCGAGUCUGAAUCAUCCGACGCGGCCGGUGCUCACGAAACUACGUCCUACGCACAGCCAAUGGGAUCUCACAAACCACCCCAUUCCCACAGCAUGAGCGCAGGACUUGGUGGCGCUGCUGCAGGUGCUGCCGCGGGGUAUAUGAUGGGUCACCAUCAUCAUUCCUCCAGCCCGGAGCAUUCGUCGCAGUACACCUUCCAGAACUAUGAGCAAUCGUCUCAAGGAGGCUUACCGCACUAUGUUUCCGGAUCCAAUGACGCCAUGUUUGCCGCGGGGGCGACCGGCUAUGCUGCCCAUGCCGCCGCGCAUCAUGGUUAUUACCCCCAUAGCCCUGGUUCAUUGGCGAUCCCGCAUCGUCAGCGAGGGCCCCUUGGGAGAUUCGUCGAUUUCUGGCGUGACCCGGAGGGCGUGGGCCGGUUCGAGGAUUACACGGAAACCAUUGGUGUGUGCAAGUACUGUUUUGAGCCGGGCACGAGCUCCCUUGACGCACCUCGUCAGCACCACUAUCACCAGCGUCGCCACUCGGCAGACCGCUAUAGCAGCAAUGGCUCAUCGAGGAUUAACAAGCUCAGUCGGUACCGAUCUUCCGAGGAUGAGAGUCGCCGUCGCAAGAAGUCCACGAAAUCGUCGUCGUGGCUGCCUGGAAUACUGGCUGGAUACACGGCGAAGUCGCUCUUCACCGGCAAAGACUUUGAUGAUUCGUAUAGUGUCCGCUCUGGACGACAAGCUAGUGACCGUGCAUCUUCAUACGACGGCGACAGUGCUUCGAAUCUUGAUCGUCGCAGCUACACUUCACGUGGGGUCACCCGCCGUUCAGGCCACAGUCCGCAGAGGGACUAUAACUCAGACGCCAAGCGCACAUCAUAUUCGGGCCAUUCACGACGAACACGCUCACGGUCAAGAUCUUCAUCCCGAUCUGGCCACCGUUCGUUUGUGAAGGAGGCUGCCUUGGGCGCGGUGGUAGGGUCGGCUGCGCUGGCCACUUCCAAGUCGCACCAGCGAGCCCGCAGCCGCUCUCCUGGAAGAACCCAGCGCCGCAAAGAUUCAUCAUCUAACUCAUCGGGUUCUUCUUUCGUUGACGUCUCUCGAUCGCGUGCUAAGUCCGUCGGUGGAGGCAUCGGCUCUUUCUUCACGUCUUCAUCCGAGAACCGCAAGAAGCGUCGGACAAAGAAACGCCGAGGCUUUUUCUCUUUCAGUACCUCGUCAUCUUCUUCGCUUGAUGCAGAUCUUGCUUUUGGCUCUGGCCUUGCGAAGAAAUCUUCAAAGUCCAAGAAGAAGGGCAAGAAAAAUGAGGACGUGGACGCUGCAUUGCUCGGACUGGGUGCAACGGCCACUGCCCUCGCCGCCUCACCUCAUGGCCGCAACCGAAGAGCCGGACAUGUCCUUUCAGGUAAAGAGCCUCGAUCUCGCCAUUCCCAUUACGCCUCUUCUGCUACCAACGAGGACGACGAAUGGGUGGAUGCUGAAUCCGAGGGCCAUAUUUCAUCCAGUGCCGGCUCCGCUCUGGCAUUUGGAGCCAGUAGCGCCGAUUCUGGGUCUGACUCGAGUGGCGGUUUAUUUGGCUGGAAAUGGGGAAGCAAGAAGAAAAAGAAGAAGGACAAGACGUCUGGCGUCGGCAACGCUGCCUUGGCCGCGGGUACCGGUGCUCUUGGAGGUGCGGCAUUGGCAUCUGCUGCUCGUCACCGUGACAGCCGGGUGCCUAGCAGCGCUGGGAGCCUUCAACAGGUUUACCCCGUGCCCACUUCCGAUCCCUCCCGCUUCGACGUUGCGAAGAUGUCCCCGUCUGUCACGUCUGGAGGCCAGCCACCCCUUGUCCGCCCAGGACCUAUUCCCCUUCAGCAACCUCAACCCGUUACCCCCGUUUCCCAAGCCGUGUACACUACCCAAGGCGGUCUACCAGGGUCGAUCCCUGCCUACAGCGCACCCGCAGUGCCUCCUAUUUUUGCCAAUGAAUUCGACAGCUAUGGUCGUCCGAUCCAGGAUUCGCGGAAUGUAUCCUGGACUGCAGAAGACUCAUCUGCCGAUCGCAAAAAGCCGCGCAGAAGCGACUCCUCUCCUGUGUUCCCUACCCAGGAGCCUCUAGAAUCCAGGUUCAAACGCCGUUCCACGACCAGGGACCAGGCGUCUGUGCAGUUUGAUUUGACUGAAGAGCAAGCGGAACGGGAGCGUGACCUCAAUCGCCGUCAACGAAAAUCCCGCGAGAACCCCCGGGACCAAUCGGUUCAAUUGAUUGACCGUGAAGAAGAGGAGCGCUCUUAUCGGGACUCGGAACGCCGGGACCGUCGACGGAAAGACCGAGAUGAUGAGACCCGUCGACGUGACCACGACAGAGACACCGAGAGUUCAUCCUGGGUUGGAGCAGCUGCCGCUGGGGCUAUUGGUGCUGCUGCUGCCAGUAAACUUGUGUCUCGCAAGGCUGAUGAUGACAACGCGUCGGAGACCAGCCAGAAACGCCACGAUAAACGUCGGGACAAGCGCCGAGCCGAACGGCGCAGUGCUUCUGAAAUCGAGUCUGAAUUGCCAACUUCGUCCACGGUCGAUGUCGCUCGGCCUGCUGCAGAACAAGUGUCAGCGUCGGAGUCUGGAGAGUUCCAGAAAAAGCGCUCAUCUCGACGAGCUCCUCGGCCAGCGCCUGUCUACGAAGACUAUGCUGAGUUCUUUGCUCCGGAAGAGCGAACGACGGACACGCGACGUGCCGGAAGAAUUGACAGAGUAUGCGCAAGAACCAUAUUUGCACUGCGACCACCUCCCUGGCCCGUUCCCAAGCUCAACAUCAUUGAGCCAACACCGCCCCAGAGCCUCGUGGGAUCUGUUCGGGAAGUUGUUUCCCCGACCUCACCUGUAGAUACAUCUCGUGAUACCAAGCAGCGCGAACGACCCACGACUGGCUCUCGAGUGUCCUGGGGUGAACAUGAGACCCACGAAUAUGAGGUUCCCUCUUCUUCUGAGCAGGAUCCGCUCGAGCACGAAGUUGUUCUGGUUGAAGAUGCCCCCAAGGACCUUCCCAUUACUUCAUCCGAAGAUACGCGGACAAAGGACAUCGGUAGCACACCUGACUUUGCCGGUGAUAUUGAAUUCGCUGCCACUGUCGCUGCGGCAACUGAAGCGGCAGGCUUUGAUCCCUCACUGGUCACUGGUGACCCAACCUAUCACACUCGCACUUCACCCCCCGGAUCAGAAGACGAAGUGGCUUUUACUUCGCCUUGGGCCAAAUCGACUUCCCGACGAAAAGAGCCUCACGGGUUUGUUGAAGGCGAGGUUGAGACACCAGGAGGAUCUAGAGAUGUUGAUCCGAUCACUGAGCACGUCAUCGAAGACAAGCCUAUCUACGCCGAACCUGAGUCUUUUUCGAAGGAUAUCGACGUGUCCAAACCUGAACGUCCUGAUCGGGGAUCAAUUGCUCAAGAGGUCAUUGAGCAACUGAACGGAAAGCAUGCAAAGUCUGGCUCACCCGACAAUGACGUGUUUUCUAUGCCUGGUGGAUUCGACACGGGCGACUCGCCUGAACUAUCCCAGUCCCGCGAUGACGCUCGGUCCGUCUUCUCUGCUCCACCUGAAAGGGGCUACUCUGAGAAGCCUAAGAAAUCUAAGAAGUCUCGGAGUGAAGAGGACUUCGACUUGACCCGUGAUACUGCGUCCCCUCCCGAAGACGCGGAAGACGGUGAGGGAAAGAAGAAACGUCGAAAGCGACGCUCCAAGCGCGAGAGCGAUACGUUUUCGGUCGAUGAUGAUGCUCGGUCCGCCGUCACUACUAUUGAAGAGGGAGACAAGUCUGAGCGACGUAAACAUCGGCAUCGGUCGUCGCGGGACGUCGGCUUUGAUGACACUGCCUCAAUCACCUCUUCUCCGGCGCGCAUGGACGAGUCGGGUGGUAAGCGCCGGAGCAAAGAUGCCAAGGAGAAAGAGAAGAGCUCUAGUGGCUUCUUUAGCGGUAUCUUUGGCUCGCACGUAUCGGCUCCAGCGGAGCGCACCCAGUCUCCCUCCCUAGAGAAGCGCUCGUCGCGGGAGGCCAUCUCUGAGGCUGGAGCUGAUGACUCUCAGCGUCGACGCAAGGAGCGUUCAUCUAAACACCGCAGCUCUAGCGGUGGAGGCCGACUGGAGGACGACGAGUCGGACAAAGACGGUUUGGAGGAGUACAGAUCUAACAGGCAGCAGAAGGAGGAGCGACGACGACACAAGUACGAGGAAAUUGUGGAAUCAGGAAGACGACGGGAGUCUGAGAAGGUAUAG